GAGGCAAAGGAAACGAGAAGGUAGGAACUCACCGAAAGGCUACUAGUCUCGGGUCCCAAACAUGGCCAAGAUCGCGCUCGGGAACCACCACGAGGCGGCCGAGCCCGGCUGCAUCCGCGCCGUGCUAGCUGAGGUGGUCCUCACCUUUCUCUUCGUCUUCGCUGGGGUCGGCGCCGCCAUGGCCGCGGAGAAGAUGGUGGGCGGGGACUCCAUCAUGGGGCUGACGGCGGUGGCGGUGGCUCACGCGCUGGUGGUGGCGGUGAUGAUAUCGGCGGGACUCCACAUCUCCGGCGGCCACCUGAACCCGGCGGUGACGCUGGGGCUGGCCGUGGGGGGGCACGUCACCGUCGUCCGGUCGCUGCUGUACGUGGUGGCCCAGCUGCUGGGUUCCACCCUGGCCUGCCUUCUCCUCAAAUACCUCACUGGUGGACUGGAUACUCCGGUGCACACUCUGGCUGCUGGGAUGGGUGCCGUACAAGGAGUGAUCAUGGAGAUAGUGCUCACCUUCUCCCUGCUCUUCUCCGUCUAUGCCACCAUGGUGGAUCCGAAGAAGGGCAUCAUCGCGGGGCUUGGGCCGCUACUGGUGGGGCUUGUGGUGGGGGCUAACAUCCUCGCCGGCGGCCCGUUCUCGGGCGCGUCAAUGAAUCCGGCGAGGUCGUUCGGCCCGGCGUUGGCAGCCUGGAACUGGACCGACCAUUGGAUCUACUGGGUCGGACCGCUCGCCGGCGGUGGACUAGCUGGACUCGUCUACGAGCACCUGUUCAUGGUCAGCACCCAUGUUCCUCUUCCUAGGGAGGACGAAGGCUUCUGAGGGUCUAAAUUAGGGCACUUUUAUGUUAGGGUGUUUGGUCGUAGCAUCCUUGCUGGUUGUCUACCUGUACGACUGAUGUAAGCGUGGGUUUAUUCUUCCUAUCAUGAUGCUUUCUAUGCCCCUUAUGCAACUACUUCGAUGAUUUGGAUCA